AUUGGAUUAAAUUUAUGAAGAGUGUGGGCCUAAUGAGGAAUCGGAUAAGCAGGCCCAAUAUGUAAAAACAAUAAGGCCCUUUGAUUUAGACCUUAGUAUUGUCAUUUGGCGGCAACGUAAUUUUUUCAGUCACCUGCGCGGAGGAUUGAUGGGUGAAGAAGCAGAGGAGCUCCGCCCUAGUUCGGACUCCGCCGCCGGAGUUAAGGAAACACUCUUUGAUGGCGGAAACUCCUGGCCGGCCGUACACUACGACGUCGCUCCAUAUAGAACCUACCAUUUCUUCCAGCAGUUUAGAACCGCCGAUUCGAACCCUAACAACUUUCUGAAGGGCGUCAAAUGGUCGCCGGAUGGUUCGUGCCUCCUAACUUGCUCCGACGAUAAUACCCUCCCGAUUUUCAGCUUGUAAGCUUAUUGAUCAUGAUG